CCCUCCUUUUUUUUAAAAUCCUCAUCUUUCUCCCCUUCCUCCUCCUUCUCCUCCUCCUCCUCCUCCCCAAGUUGAGAGAGAAAGAGGCUCCGGAUUCCCUUUUCUCUCCCGGCGGCGGCAAGUUUGGACUCUUUGGAGGCGAAUGGCGGGGAGGAGAAGAGGAGGAGGAGGAGAAGGAGGGGGAAGCGGAGGAGAAGAGGAAGACGCAGCCUCAGCCGCAGAAGAGCGGGAAUAAGAAUAUCCCUCCUGUUCCUUUUUUAUUGGUUUUGUUUUUUGGAAAGGGUGGGAAGAAAGAGGAGAAGGGGUGGGGCGGUGUUUGUUUUUUCCGCGCUGGCCUCUCUCCCGGGCGCGCUCCCGCGUGCGGCGUGUGCGAGGAGGGGGGAGGCUGCUCGGGAGCGCGCGCGGGGCGUGUUGUAGCUAUAUAGCUCCUCCUGGCUUGUUUGUGUGCGUGCGUGCGCGAGGGAGACGGAGAGGGAGAGAGAGAGCGAGGGAGAGGCUGGGCUGCGAGAGGCUGCGGUGACAUCUCUUCUGCUUCUGCUUCCUUCGGGUUUGUUUUGCUGGCCAGAGAGAGAGAGAGAUUGAAGGAGAGGGCGAGGCGUGAGUGCCGUUGUGUGCUUCUCCCUCUUCUCGCCCCCCUCCCCCGCCCCCUCCUCAACCACCUCCAGCCUUUCCUCUUCUCUCUUGCUCGGCCUCGGCUUGAAGGAAGGCGCCGGAGGGGCGAUGCUGCUGGACGCGGGUCCGCAGUUCCCCUCGGCGCUGGGGGUGGGCUCCUUCGCCCGGCACCCGCCUCCGCCGCCCCCUCCGGCCCCGGGACCCCCCUCCUCCUCCUCUUCUUCCUCCUCCUCCUCGGCCUCCGAGAUGCAGGACCGCGAGCUGAGCCUCCAGAACAGCUUCGUGGACGCGGCGGCGCACCUGGGCGCCUUCAAGCUAAAUGUGGCGGCGGCGGCAGCAGCAGCAGCGGCCCACGACCUCUCCCCUGUGGGGCAGGGCUCGGCCUUCAGCUCCCAGGCCUCGCCUUACUCCCACGCCGCGCACGUGGGCUCCUACCCGGCCCCACCGCCGCCCCCGCCGCCCUUCAACUCGCCCCGGGACUUUUUGUACCGGAGCCGCGGCUUCGGGGACUCCGGGGCCGGCGGCGGCGGGGCGCAGCACGGCCUCUUCGGAGCGGCCUCGGCCCACGCGCAGCACGGAGGCGAGCCCGCGCAGGGACACCUGCUCUUCCCGGGUCUGGCCGAGCAGCAUGGCGUGGGCGGUGGAGGAGUCUCGGCCUCCGGGAACGUCCUCAACGGGCAGAUGCGGCUGGGCCUGGCCGGGGAGGUCUUCGGGCGGACGGAGCAGUACCGGCAGGUCUCCAGCCCACGCGCGGAUCCCUACGCGGCGGCGGCAGCAGCGGCGGCAGCGGCGGCGGCUCAACUCCACGGGCAGUACGCGCCCAUGAACAUGAACAUGGGCAUGAACAUGAACAUGAACAUGGCGGCGGCGGCGGCCCACCACCACCCGCACCCCCACCACGCCCACCACCACCACCACCAUCCGCACCACCACCACCCGCACCACCACCACCACCCGGGCGCCUUCUUCCGCUACAUGCGCCAGCAGUGCAUCAAGCAGGAGCUGAUCUGCAAGUGGGUCGACCCCGAGCAGCUGGGUAGCCCCAAGAAGAGCUGCAACAAGACCUUCAGCACCAUGCACGAGCUGGUCACCCACGUCUCCGUGGAGCACGUCGGCGGGCCCGAGCAGAGCAACCACAUCUGCUUCUGGGAGGAGUGCCCCCGCGAGGGGAAGCCCUUCAAGGCCAAGUACAAGCUGGUCAAUCACAUCCGCGUCCACACGGGAGAGAAGCCCUUCCCCUGCCCCUUCCCCGGAUGCGGAAAGGUCUUCGCCCGCUCUGAAAACCUCAAGAUCCACAAGAGGACGCACACAGGCGAGAAGCCCUUCCAGUGCGAGUUCGAGGGCUGCGACCGGCGCUUCGCCAACAGCAGCGACCGGAAAAAGCACAUGCACGUCCACACCUCGGACAAACCCUACCUGUGCAAGAUGUGCGACAAGUCCUACACUCACCCCAGCUCCCUGCGGAAACACAUGAAGGUCCACGAGGCUUCCCCGCAGGGCUCGGAGUCCUCCCCGGCGGCCAGCUCGGGCUACGAGUCCUCCACGCCGCCGGGCUUGGUCUCCCCCACCGCCGAGGCCCAAAGCAACGCAGGCGGCGGAGGCAGCAGCAACUUGUCCCCGGCCACGGCGGCGGCCUCGCACCGGAGCAGCGCCGGCUCGGGAGCCUCGGGCGGAGGCGGCGGCGGCGGGACCGGGAAUGGCGGCGGCGUCCCCCACAGCGGCCUCACUUCCAACUUCAACGAGUGGUACGUCUGAGGCCCCCCCUCUCUCCCUUUUGUGCGGAUCGGGACGCCGCCGACUGACUGAGGAGGGGAGGGCAGGGGAAGAAGGAAGGAAGGAAGAGGGAGGGGGAGCCUCGCCUGGUCUUUCAAAGGAAGAAAGAAAGAACGGAUUAAAAGCGGGCCCAGAAAGGGGUCUUUCCCGCCUCGCCUCGCCUCGCCCCCGGCGCCUGAGGAACAAAAGACCCGGAGGGAUGGAGGCGCCUCCUUGGACCGGCUCCUCUCUCUCCCUCCAUCCCUCCAUCUCUCUCCAAGCUUUUCUGUGGACGCUGGAGGCCUCCGAGGUGGUAACCGAAGCUUUCUCGGUGUAUAGAGAUGGGUUUGCCUUGGGAAAGCAUGCAUUGGGUUCUCCUUUUCCUCCUCCAUCGUCGCCCCUUGGGCCCCCUUCCCUCUCUUCUCCCUCUUUUGGAAACGGAUUCUUCAACCCAGAACCUGCUCUGCUCUCCAGUCUGCCUGCCUGCCUUCUCUAGCCCGUCUCUCCUUCCAUCUCCAUCCUCUUUUGAAAAGGACUUCUUCUCCAUCCUCAAACCGCCCAGCCGACCUCCACUUUGCCUGCUUGCUCUCUUCUUCCCCCUCCUCCAACAUCACCAUCCUUAUUUAACUCUCUUCUAUUUCAAUUAUUUGGAGUAAGUAGGCUUUGCCUCCGUCCUCCCCUCCUCUUCCUUCACCCUCAUUAUCCUCCUCUUUUCCUCCUCCUCCUCAAACAUCACCAUUCCCUUUCCCCCUUCUCUUCUCCUUUUUCAUUCUUUUCCAUCCCUAAACCGCAACCUGCUCUCCCCUUUGCCUUCUUCCUCCCCUUCGAUCCUCAUCAUGGCCCUCCUCUUUUCCUCCUUUCAUCCUUUUCCCCUCUUUUUCUUCUAUUUCAAUCAUUUGGGAGAAAGUAGGCUCUCCACUUUGCCUACUUAUUCUCUUCCUCCUCCUCCUCCAACAUCAUUAUCGUUUUUCCUCCUUCUCUUCUUCUAUCUCAAUUAUUUGGUAGGACGUUGGCCCUCUCCUUUGCCUUCACCCUCCCCCCCUCUUCCUUCACCAUCGUUAUCCUCCUAUUUUCCUCCUCCUCCUCUAACAUCUCCAUCCUUUUUUCCUCCUCUUCUGCUUUUUUCCAUUCUUUUCCAUCCCCAAACCUCCAAUUGGCUGUCCCCUUUGCCUCCUUCCUUCCCUCCUCUUUCUUCAUUACCGUUAUACUCUUUUCUUCCCCAUUUCGUCCUCUUUUCCUCCUCCUCCAACAUCUCCAUGCUUUUUUCCUCCUUCUGCUUUUUCCAUUCUUUUGCAUCCCCAAACCGGCCGACUGGCUCUCCCCUGUGCCCCCUUCCUCCCCUCUUCUUCCUUCACCAUCAUGAUCCUCCUCGUUUCCUCCUCCUCCUCCUCUUCUCCUUCUUCAAUCCUUGUCCUACCUGCCUGCCUUUCCCCUGCACUUCUCUCCCUCCCCCUUUCUGUGAUCUUCCAUUCACUCAUUUUUUAAAAAAACUAGUAAAUGAAAUAAAAAGGGGAAAGGGAGUUGGGGGGAGGGAGGAGGGAAGUAACGUGGAAGCCAAUGGUUCCUUUUGUAAUUGUGGUAUUGAAUAUUGUGUUUCCUUUUAUUCUUAAUUUAAAUUUUUUUCUAAAAGAGGCAACUUUUGAUUGUAAACGUCGUUCAGCUCUAGACUGGAAAGAUUUUUUUUAAAACAAAAAAGCGAAAAGGAAAAACAAACAAAAAGUACCCAAACCAACCCAACACACGUGCCAAAGUCUCUCUCCGCGCGCGCGCUCUUCUGCAGAACCCCCCCCCCCCCCGGCCCUCCCCGCCCUGCCCCCUCCUCUUCCUUCCAAGGCUUGUGAAUGUAUUUUUUUCUGUUAGCUGGGUUUCCCUGUGAUGUUUUAGUGCUCUUUGCCAGUCCGGUUUGUUAGCUCCUGUCUGGAAGUUUGUCGGGAGAGGGGGAGGGGGGCGUUUUUCUCUCUCAAUAUAGUGCCAUUAGGGUUUCCCCAUCCAAAAAGCGACCUUCCUUGUGUAAAUACCUGUUGCCAUAUUUAUCCAUUUGUAAUUAAAUUAUGGUAUUAACUUGCUACAGAUGAAACAGUAUUUAUAAAGAAUGUUUCUUAACUAUAAAUAUGUACAAUUGUGAGCAUAAACUGUUUCGGAUUUUUUUUAUUUGAAGGUUUAUGUGGUUUCAUUUCUUGUGAUAUUGUUUUUUGUUUUUUUGAGAGUAAUGCAUACAGAAAUAUAAUAAAAUGUGUUGGAAACUA